AUGUCUUCAGAUCCUCCUGGCCGCUCCCCGAUGUCCCGGCGGCAGUCCAUCCCGCUACAGAGCCUCGGGAUUCCCGGCUCCAACGAUGACGCACCAUCCCACGAUGGUUCCCAGCAACACCUCGAGUCUGCACGGCAACCACAGUCCCCCGGCGGUCCUGGGGCGACGUCUCUCGCGACAGUAUCACCAUACUGGGAUCAACCAUACGACACGCCGUCCGCUGCCCACGACCAUCCCAGCUCUCCCAUAGACGUGGCAGCCUUACAAUCUGCCCUCCCACCGGCCUUCCACAACUCAAGACAUGAUGCAGGCAGCAUGUCGUCGUGGCAGGCCGACCGGGAGCCGCCGUACAUGGACGAGUCGCCAAACCACGACUUUGCCGACGCCGAUACCAUCCCCCUCACCUCGAAUCCUCAGCACAUAUCAGGGGCGCUCUCUCCUACGGCCAUGGACGUCCAGUCCCGGGAUAGCUUCCAGACCGUCUCAGACCUCGACAAUGGCGCCCGCACACCUCGCGAUACACUACAUCCCGACGACGAUGUCGAGUUUGGCCGCCGCUCGAGGCGACACAACUUUGGCCUGACCCUGGCGCCCGACCAGUUUCCUUCUGCUGGAAACCGUUCUCGCUCGCCGUCCGUGACUGCGACCGGGGCAUUGCAGCGCGCUGGGUCCAUUGUUCGGGCAAUGUCGCAGCGUGUCGUCAAUAUCAGCGGCGAUGCAGAGAUUGCCGACCAGCGCGCAUCGAUGCACAGGUCGAGGUCCCCGAACGGUUCUGACCGCCACCGCAGUCGAGACGCAUCACCCAUCCCGUCACCCGUGGAGGAACCGGGCUCUCGGUCCCCAAUCCGGUCUCCUGGGGAGAAGGGUGGCGCACAAGACUACUUCUCUACCCCGAUCCCGGACCCAGGGCCGCGCCAACCGCCCCCGAACCCCCUCAAGGGCCGUACCUUGAAUAUUUUCGAAGCAAACAACCCCAUUCGGCUCUGGCUCUGUGACCUCUUGGUGAAGCCUUAUACCGAGCCCUUGAUCCUGUUGCUCAUCAUUCUCCAAACCGUUCUGCUCACAAUCGAGUCGGCUUCUAACGUCUUCACUCCUGGCCACGAGCGACCAACCCACUGGGGUCACCGAUGGAUCGACUGGGCGAUGCUGGGACUGUUCAUCGUCUUCACUCUGGAGCUCAUCGGCCGCAUCAUUGUUUCUGGCUUCUUCCUCAAUGCUGCCGAGUACAGCACGAUCGACAGGUCCAAGGGUAUCCGUGCGGCCGUUGUAGACCAGUAUAGAUCUAUAUUUCAGCCGCACAACAAUCGCAAGUCUGCCAAGGUUAGCAGCAUUCUCCCGCCUGAACCAGCGACCAUUUCACGCUCCUUUACAACCCUCAUGCAGACCCAGCAGACCAUGCCAGAGACGCUUGAGGAGCAGCAGCGCUUCCAACUGGCCCGUCGCGCCUUUCUGCGUCACUCUUUUAACCGCCUAGACUUUUUGGCCGUGUGUUCGUUCUGGAUGUCGCUCAUUCUAAGCAUUUCUGGAAUCGAGCACGCCUCCCAUUUCUACCUCUUUAGAAUGCUUAGCUGUCUCCGUAUUCUGAGGUUGCUAGCAGUGACACACGGAACUUCGAUAAUCCUGCGCAGUUUGAAAAAGGCGGCCCCUCUCCUUGUGCGGGUUGCCUUUCUCAUUCUCUUCUUCUGGCUUGUGUUUGCCAUUAUUGGUGUACAGAGUUUCAAGUCGAGUCUGUCACGUCAGUGUGUCUGGCUAGAUCCUCUAGACCCAACGAACAUGUCAGCCUCCUACACGAACGAAGAUGCAUUCUGUGGCGGUUAUCGGGACAACAAUACCGGCGCCAUCCUGCCGUGGGUGACCAUGGCCAAUGAGGGCUCGCUGGACCUACUCGUGAAGGGAACUGAAGAUGGCAAGGGUUUCAUCUGUCCUCGAGGUUCCAUAUGCCUGCAGCAACAGUCCCCGAAUGGCGGAACUGUCAACUUCGACGACAUUGCGCAUUCGUUCGAACUCGUCUUUGUCAUCAUGAGUGCCAAUACAUUUUCGGACCUCAUGUACAACACCAUGGGAUCAGACUACUCCCUAGCUGCCUUGUUCUUUGGGGCUGGCAUCAUGAUCAUGACGCUAUGGCUUGUCAACUUGUUGAUUGCCGUCAUCCUGUCUUCCUUCCAGGUCAUCCGCGAAGAAAGUAAGGCCAGCGCAUUCACCGGAGGGUCCAAUCGAGUCUCCCUGCUGGAUCCUGAAGAGGCAAUGCGACGCCUCUCCGGCCUCCAGAGAUGGUACAACAAGACGCGCUAUGUAUGGGUUGGCAUCAUUGCCUUUAAUCUCCUGAGUCAGGCUCUCCGCAGCACAGUCAUGCCACCCAGCCGCGAGGCUUUCAUCCGCCAGGCCGAAAUCUUCGUGACCAUUAUGCUCGACGUCGACAUCAUUCUACGUCUCAUAACCAACCGGCGGAGGUUCCACAAGAGUCGCGCUAAUCUGUUCGACCUGUUCCUCGCCAUUGUCACUUCUGUCAUCCUCAUACCGCCCAUUCCUGAGUCUGAAGCAUACCGGUGGCUCACCGUCUUCCAGAUCCUCCGGGUCUACCGAGUCAUCCUGGCCAUCCCAGUCACCAGAAAGAUCAUUAUGCUCGUUCUUGGCAAUGCUGCUGGUAUCGCCAACUUGACGAUGUUUGUCUUCCUCAUGACGUUUCUCAUGGCCAUUCUGGCAGCUCAGCUGUUCAGGGGCGAGAUACCAAUCCAUGACGACGGGGAACUGAACCGAGUUUCAUUCUACACCAUCUACAAUUCGUUUCUGGGCAUGUACCAGAUUUUAACCAGUGAGAACUGGACCGACAUCUUGUAUCUCGUUGGAGAGACCCUUCACCCCUACAACACUGCCUGGAUUGGAAUCGCCUUCUUGGUCGGCUGGUUCAUUGUUGCCUUCUUCGUUCUGGUCAACAUGUUCAUUGCUGUCAUUCAAGAGAAUUUUGACGUGUCGGAAGACGAGAAGCGACUAGAGCAAGUCAAAGCGUUUCUGCAGAAAAAGGACAUUGGAAACAACUCAAGCAACCUCGCAUUGUCGACCAUCUUCGGCAUGGGCAGGGCACGACACCGGAGAGAUCCGCUCGACUAUGGGCCAGCAAUCACCGAGAUGCUCCUCAAGGACGCGGUCGUGCGUGAGUUUCUCGACGAGCCCACCGAGGCCGAAGACCCUACCAUGGAUCACGGUCUGCAUCAUCGGGCGAGAAUACUCGAUCCCCAGGACAGUUUGACCGGCAGGAUCUGGAACAAGCUGGCUCAUCGGUUCACGAAGCAGGAGCCCAACCCAUUCUACACCAACACUACCCACGACUACCUGAACGACACGACGCUGAAUGCACGCGAGAUGGCUAAGCAGGCUGUGACGGCGGCGACAUCGCGGCGCAGGGCGCAGCGCGAGUAUCUCGCCAGGCACCCCACGUACAACGUGUCAUUAUACCUCUUCGCGCCGCAUAACAAGAUCCGCCGUCUCUGUCAAAGGUUAGUCGGCCCGGCUAGGGGGAGCGAGCGUUUUGAUGGAGUCGAGCCCAAUAAAUUUGCCUGGUACAUCUACUCGGCCUUCAUCUACGCCAUCGUCGUGGCCAUGGUGAUCAUUGCCUGUAUUACGACACCGCUGUAUCAGAAGGAACACCAAAGGCUUGACGAGAACCCGUCCACCUUCAAGUGGUAUGUAUGGACGGAUCUUAUCUUCUCCAUCGUCUUCACCAUCGAGGCCGUCAUCAAGACGAUUGCCGACGGGCUCAUCUCCACGCCCAACGCCUACCUCCGUAGCUCCUGGGGCUUCCUAGACUCGAUCGUGCUCAUCACCCUGUGGAUCAAUGUCGGCACACUCUUCAUCAACGACGGAGCCAUCUCUAGAGCCGUUGGCGCGUUCAAAGCCCUGAGGGCGCUACGUCUGCUCAACGUCAGUAACAGCGCGAGAGAUACGUUUCACUCCGUCAUCAUCAUGGGAUGGUGGAAGCUAUUCGGUGCCGCCGUCAUCUCCAUCUCUUUGCUAAUCCCGUUCGCCGUUUACGGACUGAAUCUCUUUGGUGGCAUGUUGGUCAAGUGCAACGAUGGCGACAACAUCAUCUUCCUGACGCAGUGCUUCGGAGAGUUCAACAGCACCCCUUUCAGCGAAGACUGGCCGAUGCUCGCACCUCGUGUCGCAUCUAACCCAUUUUUCGACUUUGAUGACUUUGCCUCGUCUCUCUUCGUUCUCUUCCAGAUUGUCAGCCAGGAGGGCUGGGUUGAUGUGUCUUUCACCGCCCAGAGCAUCACUGGAAAGCUGCGGCAGCCGUCAGACCUGGCAUCGCAGGGCAACGCCAUAUUCUUCGUCGUCUUCAACCUGCUCGCGACCAUCUUCAUCCUCACCCUGUUCAUUUCUGUCUUUAUGCGCAACUACACCGAGCAGACCGGCAUGGCAUUCCUGACGGCGGAGCAGCGCUCGUGGCUGGAAUUGCGAAAGCUGCUACGGCAAAUCUCGCCGUCCAAGAGCUCGUACACCAAGGUCGGCCACCAGAAGUGGAAGCAGUGGUGCCACAAGAGAGCGACUGAAAAAAGCGGCAAGUGGUACCAAGGAGUGACGCUCAUACUGGUACUGCACUUCAUUCUACUCAUCGUGGAAUUUGCUGGUGAGCCAUUCUGGUGGACAUACACGCGCAUCGUCAUCUUCCUCUUGUUCAUCUUCAUCUACAUUGCCAACAUCUUUGUGAGGAUAGUCGGACUAGGGUGGAGCCGCUUCCGGCGGAGCUCUUGGGACUUGUACUCUCUCUUCUGCGUGUCGGGGGCGUUCAUCACCACCGCGGCCGUACUGGGUCUCAACAGCAAGGACACGGUAAUGCAGCUGCACAAGGUAUUCCUGGUGUCCAUCCUGUUCCUCAUCAUCCCGCGCAACGACGCGCUGGACCAGCUAUUCAAGACGGCAGCAGCCAGUCUGCCGGUCAUCAGCAACCUGCUAGCGACGUGGCUGGUGCUGUUCCUAGUGUUCGCCAUUGCCUCUACGCAAGCGUUUAGUCUGACGCGCUUCGGCGAGGAGGCGGGCAACGACAUCAACUUCCGCAGCGUGCCCAAGGCGCUGAUCCUGCUGUUCCGCACGAGUUUCGGCGAGGGCUGGAACGCGGUCAUGGAGGAUUUUGCGGCCAUCGAGCCUCCACUGUGCGUGGACAAUGCCGACUUCUUCCAGAGCGACUGCGGCAGCAAGAACUGGGCGCGCUUCCUGUUCAUCGCGUGGAACAUUCUGAGCAUGUACAUCUUUGUCAACCUGUUUGUGUCACUCAUCUACGAGAGCUUCAGUUACGUGUACCAGCGGUCGAGCUGGGUGGCGGCCGUGGACCGCGACGAGAUCCGACGGUUCAAGGAGGCUUGGCGCAGCGUCGACCCGGCGGGCACAGGGGCUAUCAGCAAGGAGGUGUUCCCGAGGCUGCUCAGCGAGCUGUCGGGCGUCUUCCAGAUGCGCAUCUACGACGGCGAGGACUCGGUGCACUCCAUCAUGGACGAUUCGCGGCCCGGCGAAGACGAGGCGGCAGCGGCGCGGGCCAACGGACACAACUCAAUUGUCGACGUGAAGAACAACCGCAUCGAUGUCAACAAGCUCAACCAGAGGCUGGACCAGCUCGACGUGGUCAAGAUCCGCGAGAAGCGUCGCCGGUUCAAAAUUUUCUACGAGGAAGUUCUUGUCAGCGCAGACCCGGACAGGGGCAUCACCUUUACCAGCGUCCUCAUGAUCCUCGCGCACUACAACAUUAUCAAGGAUAGCAAAAGCCUCAAGCUCGACGAGUUCCUGCGUCGUCGUGCCCGUCUGCAGCGAGUCGAGGAGUCUGUCCGUCGCAAGACGGUGCAGGGGUUCUUUGACACCUUGUACUGGACUAGAAGAUUCAAGAAGCACAUGGAGGCGAAGCGCGCGUCACGCAUGACAACGAUACCCCAACUAGACAUCCCGGACAUCUUUGUCGAUGACAACGAGACCUCUCAGGCGCGCGGGUCGCUGAGUCCAGGCGGGCCGACCACGCACCUCAGCGUCCAGGGAAGCAUUGGCGGCUCUGGAGGUGACUACUUUGGCUCGCAGCCGUCGUCGCCGGACUCGCCCAGCAGCAGGAAGGGAAACCCAAUCUCUUGGCACGGCGCGGGAGACCGCCACCCGCUGAGCUUCCCCCGGUCGGCGACAUCAUCACCCUCACCUCCAGGGACACCGCUGGGGAUGGGCUUCGAUGCUCUCGACGGUCAAGGGGGAGCACGUCGGUCGUCUGGCGUGGACCGCACAAGCAGCAGCCGCAGCAGAACCGGCAGCGUGUUGAGUCCGACACAGGCUAGCGAUAUGCUAGAAGACUCCAUCUGGCUCGAGACGAUUCGGCGAAGCACGACGAUUCGCAGACCUCCUCCGUCUGGCUGA